AUGUCAUCGUUUGUAAUCAAGUAUAUUACGAAUAGGAUAUUCAAAGAUAACCAGUGGACUAGAUUUGGGGUGGAAGAUCCAUAUUAUGAAUAUGUACCAAUCGAUGUAGAGAAUGAAAAAGUGAAGUAUAAGAAAACUCCUAGGAGAGUGCCAGAUGGAUUAUCCAAAAAUGAUGAAACAAUAUUGCAUAAAGUGAAGAAAAAGGCGUAUAGGUAUGAUAUGUGGUUUUCUUUUUUGGGUAUCAAGUUUGGAUUUACUAAUAUUGUUGGAAUAAUUCCCAUUGCUGGAACCCUUGUUUCGACGUAUUGGUCGUUGACACUUUUGCAGACGGCAAGACAAUUGGAUGAUGGAUUGCCUUUGGACUUGCAACUAUUAUUCUUGUUAAAUAUUGUGAUUGACUUUUUGUUGGGGUUGAUACCUAUAGUUGGUGAUUUAGUUGAAGUGGGUUAUAAGUCGAACCUGAGAAACUUUCUCUUGUUAGAGAAGCAUUUGACCCGGGUUGGAGAAAAGAAUAUGGGUAUAAUCGGUGAAGAUGAAGUGAGACCUAGCUUCAUUAAUGAUAAAAUCCAGCCGUUUGUGGAUACUAAGGUGAAACCUGGUGCUAUUAAGGCUGGAGAACAGAUAAAGUCGUAUAUGCAUUCGGGAUCUGAGUCCCCUAACGUUGCUUUACGCUCUCUGCCAGCAACUAUACAAGCACACCCGACAACAGUGACAACUUCUUCGUAUGAAAGUCCUCUUUCGCUAAAGGGAGACAGGAAUGACAAAUCUAGUGAAGAUACUAAGUCUAUAAGAAGCUUAUCCUCCACUUUAGGUAAAAAGGUUAAUUAUGUUGACUUAGAUGAAGAUGAAAAGUUUUUGUCCCACCAUGUUAUCAAUCAGUAG